UACAAGUACCCUCUCCAAUCUUGCCGCAGUCUACUUAGGGUUGGUUUUUUUGAUCAGCCAGUGCAUCACAACUUUUUUCACGAUAUCUCAUACUUUCUCAGCAUACUUACCAAAAGGGUUGGUAUAAAUAUGAAACUUAACCACUUCCAGUGACUUACUGGUAACCACAGCUAGCACUGAGCCUUCAUGGUCAUUCGUGCGCAAGUCUACUUCUAUUCUGCGGGAAUCGAACAGGUAAGGACACGAGCUUGCAGUUUGAGAACUCGUGACUAACCGUUCGAAAAUCAGUUGUCUGGUUUUUGCAAUGAGUCACUACUAUUUCGGCCUCGCACGUGUUAAAUUAAAAUCCAUCUUCCUCAUCGGGAACAACAACAUUGAACAUUUUGUACACAUUUUCGUACACUCCGAGUAGAAAUCUCACUGCGGAGCGGACAAAACUGGAAAAGGAAGUGGUCUAGCCCUAGCUUCCCUCUUUUUUGAACCACUCAACCGGAUACUCGAUAUUGUAUUUUGCGCACUAUCCCCUGUGGAUGCAAAGACCGAUUCUGUAUUUGGCGAGACAUCAAUGGCCCAGUCACCUUUCUCAAAAGAGCCCCUUAGCGCGCUGUUUAUGUCCACACUAUCAGAUGAAGAAUGUGUACAAAUCCCUUAGUAUCUCCGUCCGCCACGAGUCUGUUUACCAGUGACGAGGUAGAACUGCGUUGGGAUUACGAGCGUUGCUAAUGAUAUGGAAGCGGGAAGGAGUAAAAUUGAAAACAGUAGUUUGGAUUAGAGGCACUGUCGUGUACGAGACUAGAUAACGGCUGUGAGCGUCAGUGGUCAUUCUUGAAUUUCGUUCUUAGGUACUGUGUGGUGUCAUCCCCAAGCGGAUAUUGAUGUGCUUUUGUUAGAUUCCAGCUACUGAAAAUGCCCUAGUAGCACAGUGAUGACUACGUGAUGAUUGUCCUACCCUUUCCAGGCGUUUCUCUGUUGAGGACAUCUUGUUUAGACGGUCAGAAAUGCCUGCAAAUCUGACGUUGAUUUGGGGCUUACGGCAAAUGCAAAACUUUGUUUCUUUGAAGCAUACACAGUCUGAGUGGGACAGGCGGUCAGUAAACAGUUGUCGUCAAGGUACCUGUUGAUCACCAUGGCACGUGCAACUGGAUAAAGACAACCAAAUGGUGAACUAGUCUUUCUGGUUGAACGUCUUUAUACUGCUCUCAAUAAUUUCAUCUGCUUGGUUGGAGUUCCUUGCUCCUUAGAAGACGCUGGGUCAGGUGUGUGGCAUAUACCAACCUGAGACUUUUAAAUGAUCCAGCUCUCCCAGCUUGAUUUUCCUACGAUAUUUACUGGUCUUUGUUUUAAAUUGUUUUGACGUUUAAUAAUGAAUUGCUUGUUGUGUGUACCUUACGUGCUAGUUUUUCACGGGUAAUUUCACACUUAGUUUCCUGUAUCCUCGUUCUAUUCCUGAAUUGGCUUAUUUCUCUCCUCUAAUUUGUUACAGCUAUCGGGUCUGAUAAACUACCGUUUGUGGACACUUCACGUGUUUUUGUCUCUGUGUUAUACAUAUUUCACUCAGUUUCACGUUUUUGACGUGUCUCCCAAAUGAACGGUGAGAAGGAUACCCAUAGACUCAAUCCCAAUGUUCGGACUUACACUUUGGAGAAAUAUCAGAUGCUUCGGUUCGAGGUGUCCUCGCCGUCGAGUCUGGUCCUUGUCUCUGGGACGGCGGAAAUUUACGGCACUGAGUUGGUUUGCAGUUCUGAACUUUUGUUGAAUGCUGGAGUUCGCGGAACCGUUGUAACAUUCCAUGGCUGUAAGAUCGUGGUUAACGGUCCGGACAUAACUACGUUCCUGAUGAACGUAGCUGAAGAUCAGGAGAUUGCACACGUCUACAUGAACAUCCACGCGAGUCUAGAGGUUUUACGUCAGAAGGCGGUCAAGGAACAAAGUCGUGGACCGCGCGUGCUUGUGUGUGGACAUGAAAGUGUUGGAAAGUCUACGCUGUGCCGCACUCUAGCCAGUUAUGCUGCACGUCGAAAACACAAACCUAUUCUUGUGGAUGUCAAUGUCGGGCUUAAUCAGGUAUGCCUACCAACUACAAUUGCUGCGGUGGCCGUCUCAAAGCCGUACGAUCUCAUGGAAGGUUGGGGGCUCGAGGAGGAUCCGUUGGUGUUUUGCUUCGGUCAUGUCAACCCGGCGAGUAAUCUCAACCUGUUCCGUGAGCAAGUAAAUCGGCUUGCCGAGCUGGUCAACAUCCGAUCGGAAAAUGACACAAAAAUUUUUACAAGUGGCUGUAUUAUUAACAUGAACGGAUUCCGCAAAGACGAUUCCGAUGGUGGCACGAGCAAGGAGAAGGGCAUCCAGGCAAUACGUGCGACAGCCGCAGCGUUCGAAGUCGAUACGAUACUCGUCAUAGAGGAUGGUUUCCUCGAAACAUUCCUGCGUGAAGAUCUACCGCCGGAAGUUACCAUCGCUCGUUUGCCAAAAUCCUCAGGUGUUGUAACACGCAGUGCGGAUCAGUGGACCAGACAACGCGAUGCGCGCGUAUGUGCCUAUCUACAUGGAGAAAAUCCUUUCAGACGCCUGCACCCCCAUCAAAUCACGCUUAAAACCAGUGAAUACUCAAUCUACAAGGUAGGCAGUGAGGCCAUUCCCGAUGCUCUACUCCCGCACGGCGCAAAAGAGGAUGAAGAAACGUGGAGGAAUCCAGUUUUGGUCCCGAUAGGCCGGGAUCUGAAAAACCACCUACUCGCUGUGUCUCAAGCUUCUGAGCCUCAGCAUGUUCCAGAUGCACCAGUUUACGGUUUCGUAGUGAUUGUAAAUGUUGCUGAUGACAAAUCGUCUUUCACUGUCCUCAGUCCGUGUCCGUAUGCUCCCCCAAACAAUUUGUUCUUACUCACUACCAUAUGUUAUGUCGAUCCCGAACUUAUUUGAAUUUGUCGAAUGGCUAUCACAUUGUUUUUGCUAUGUUUGUACGGUUACGGUUGUACAUACAAUGAAAAUAAUCAAUGUAUUAA